CAAACCUUUGUCCCCUCUUUUUUCUCUUCUUCAUACCACCUCCACCUCUGAGUCCCGCCACAUCCAUGUCCUCACAGCCCGACACCGCUAAAUACCCACACGGCUACCACCCGUCCGUACUGCGCUCGCACCAAUGGCGCACCGCCGAGAACUCGGCCGCAUACCUCCUCCCGCACCUCAAGCCGGACAUGCGCAUCCUCGACGUCGGCUGCGGGCCGGGCACGAUCACGAUGGGGCUCGCGAAGUAUGUCCCACAGGGGUCGGUCGUCGGUGUGGAUUACGCGGAGGACGUCGUUCUCAGGGCUCAGGAGAACCUCGCCGCCGAGGCAGCCAAAGGCACCGACGGCGUCAACUUGAAAAACGUCGAGUUCCGCACGGCGGACGUGUUCGCGCUCCCGUUUGAGGACGGCGCGUUCGACGUCGUGCAUGUGCACCAGGUGCUCAUGCACGUCGGCGACCCCGUGCGCGCGCUGCGCGAGCUCCGGCGCGUCGUCAGGCCGGGCGGGGGAUUGCUCGCGGCGCGCGAGGGCGAUAUCGACGCGAUGAGCUGGUGGCCGGCGCUGCCUGCGCUGGAGGAGUGGCGCCGUGUCUUCAUCGCCGUCGCGCGGAAGAACAACGGCGAGCCGGACACGGGGCGGAGGCUUGUCGGGCUCGCGAUCCAGGCGGGGUUUUCGCGCGAUGCAAUCAGCGCGAGCGUCCACACGUGGUGUUUCAGCGCGCCGGAGGAGCGGGAGUUCUGGGGCGGGAUGAUGGGCGAGCGGGUUGUGCAGUCGAGUUUUGCGGGGAUGGCGGUCGAUGGGGGGAUCGCUACGCAUGAGCAGCUGCGGGAGAUCGAGCAGGGGUGGAAGGAAUGGGUCGCUGCGGAGGAUGGCUGGUUCGGGGUGAUGAACAGUGAGAUCGUUUGUCGUGUGUAAGGUGAUGUUGGACUCUUUCUACUGUAUUUUCAGCUCCCUUCAGAGGGUAUAGUCUUAUUGUAUACUUAUCUGCUUAUAGCUUAGCUACUGUCAUUCAACUGACGAGCGUGUUCGUCAUUCAACUGCCGGUUCACGUACCAUACUAUACCCUCGCAUACCGAUGUACUCUACCAUUCUGCAUUGUUUGUAGCAAUAGCAUAUCUCAAUCACGAUGUGAUCAAACAGGA